AUGGUCAUCUCACAAACCCGGCCUCCCUCGCAAAUGCGAAAACACGAACAAAAUGCUGUUACGCUCUCAUAUCGAUACCUUGGGCUGUUGUCCUCUCGUCAGCCGUUCCCACUCCUUCGCGGGUAUCUAGCAUACCUUGAGCAUCCCUGCUUAAAUGGGAAACCUUACAUCCAAUACGUUGAGAGGUCCGAACUUGAAAAAGAAUCGUAUCCUUUCCCAAAUGUCACACUUCAUGAAUUGCGAGAUCACCCACAUGGAAUACAUAGUGUUGAGUGGACUCUUUACAAGAUAUUAUCGAGAGGGGGUGGAAAUGGGGGAAUCGAUCCAUUGGAGGCGGAUGGGUCAUGGACAUUUGACUCUAUUCUUCUCGACAUGUGUCAUCAGAUCGAAACCUGUGACAUUGAGAUUGCAGCAAGGGUUGACACUUGCAGCAGAUCCGGUCCUUCCUUGCCCGCUUCUGCAGACUUUAUCUGUCGACUUCGAGCCAAUGGGGUAGCGCCUUCACUUGGAGCGAAAGUAGACUCUAUGCCGAUACUAUUUGCGGCCACGCGUGUGGAAGAACUCCCGGAGUUUCCUUGCAUCACAACUAGCGCCAUCGAGUCCAUCGAUCCUGCCACAUUUUCGCGCGGACACCAGCCUCUACUGGAUAUUGCAGUUUUAUUCCAGUCAACACUGAACAUAUUUAUCAAGUCAAUGAAGGAUUCUGAUGAUGCUGCACGUGUUAUGGCUUUUUCCCUGGAUACAGUUGGACCUCCUCAGAUUUGUGUCAAUGGCACUUGUGCUGCUGCGAAGUUUGGAGAGAUCACUCUGUAUUCAAAGAGUGGACUGAGGACAGCCGUGUCAGACUUGUACUUCAAUUGCUUAUCAUACAACGGCACAUUCUGGAAGUCUCAAAAACCAUGA